CCGCCUGCUCCCGCCAUGCCAUCCGGAGGAGGCUCAGUGUCGGGCCAGGCGAGCCCCGGCAUGGCACGGCCUCCCGGCCUCUGCCUGCUGGUCCUGCUGGGGCUGGGGCUAAGGGUGGGGGGCUCGCCCGCCUGCCAGGACCCCCGGGGCCAGCCCCGCCGCUGCAUGCCCGUCUUUGAGAACGCCGCCUUCGGCCGGGCUGCCCAGGCCACCAACACGUGCGGUUCACCCCCUGAGGACUACUGCCUGCAGAUGGGCGCCCGCCACGCCAGCACCCUGUGCCACCGCUGCGAUGCCACCGACCCCCAGCGCCACCACAACGCCUCCUUCCUCACCGACUUCCACAGCCAGGAGGAGAGCACGUGGUGGCAGAGCCAGUCCAUGGCCUUCGGCAUCCAGCACCCCAACUCCGUCAACAUCACCCUCCACCUGGGCAAAGCCUACGAGAUCACCUACGUGCGGCUGAAGUUUCACACCAGUCGCCCCGAGAGCUUCGCCAUCUACAAGCGCAGCCGCGCCGAGGGACCCUGGGUGCCCUUCCAGUACUACAGCGCAUCCUGCGAGAAGACUUACGGGAAGCGGCAGCGCCACUACCUGCGGCCGGGGGAGGACGAGCAAGUGGCCUUCUGCACUGACGAAUUCAGUGACAUCUCCCCGCUGAGCGGGGGCAACGUGGCCUUCUCCACCCUCGAGGGACGGCCCAGUGCCUACAAUUUCGACGGGAGCCCCGCGCUGCAGGAGUGGGUGACUGUCACUGACCUGCUCAUCUCCUUGAACCGGCUCAACACAUUCGGGGAUGACAUCUUCAAGGACCCCAAGGUGCUGCAGUCGUACUACUACGCCAUCUCCGACUUCUCCGUCGGCGGCAGGUGCAAAUGCAACGGCCACGCCAGCGAGUGCGCGCCGGACGAGGCUGGGCAGCUGGUCUGCGUGUGCCAGCACAACACGGCCGGCACCGACUGCGAGCGCUGCCAGCCCUUCUACCAGGACCGGCCCUGGGCUCGCGGCACUGCCGAGGCCGCCAACGAGUGUCUCCCUUGCAACUGCAGCGGCCGCUCAGACGAGUGCUUCUAUGACCGGGAGCUGUACCGCCGCAGCGGUCACGGGGGCCACUGCCGUAACUGCCGCGACAACACGGCCGGGCCCCACUGCGAGCACUGCCAGCAGAACCACUACCGCUGGGAGCAGCAGGCAGCCUGCCAGCCCUGCCACUGCCACCCCGCAGGCUCCUUGCAGCCCCAGUGCGACAGCUCGGGGACCUGCCUCUGCAAAGCCAACGUGACGGGCUGGAAGUGCGAGCGCUGCAAGGACGGCUACCACAGCCUCAGCGAAGGUGGCUGCAGACCCUGCGCCUGCGACCCUGCGGGCAGUGUGGGCACCUGCGACCCCAACACAGGGAAUUGCACCUGCAAGGAGAGGGUGGAGGGGCACUUGUGCAACAGGUGCCAGCCAGGCUGGUUUAACCUGCAGCCCCACAACCCUGCCGGCUGCACCGGCUGCUUCUGCUACGGCCACUCCACUGCCUGCACAGCGGCAGACGGCUACGAGGUGACCCACGUCCGCUCUGACUUCAGCCAAGGGCUGGAGGGCUGGGCUGCCACAGCUCCGGGCACCACAGACCUGCCUCUGCGUUGGGCUGACGGGGAGAUUGUCACCCAGUGGGACGGAGAGGAGCCGGUGGAUUUUCUUGCACCAGAGAAGUUUCUGCAGAACCAGCGUCUCAGUUACGGGCAGCUCCUGACCCUGCUGCUGGGAGCGAAGGGGAACGGGAUGGGGAUGGAGACCGGGGUGCCCCUGCUCCAGGUCCAGCUGGUGCUGGAGGGUGAGGGGAUGGAGAUCACCAUGUCAAGCAGUGAGAGCCAGCCCCAGCGCGGAAAGCAGGCUGUCACCUUCAGGCUGCACGAGGCAGAGGGUGCAGAGCCUUCGCUGUCGGCCUUCAGCUUCCAGCGCCUGCUCUCCAACCUGACUGCCCUCCGCUUCCGCGUGAGCCAUGGCCCCAUGCAAGGCAGGCUGUCCCUGAGCGAGGUCCAGCUGACGUCCGCUCACCCCGGGCCAGGGGUGCGGGCGGGCUGGGUGGAGGAGUGCACGUGUCCCCCGGGCUAUGCUGGGCAGUUCUGCCAGUCCUGUGCGCUCGGCUUCAAGCGGGAGAUCCCCUUCGGUGGCCCCUUCGUCAGCUGCGUGCCCUGCGCCUGCAACCAGCACGGGGACUGCCACCCCCUCGCAGGGCACUGCCGGUGCUUGCACAAUACAGAAGGUCCCUCCUGUGAGCGCUGCAGCCCUGGGUUUUACGGCAACCCCUUCACAGGGCGCUUCGAUGACUGCAAGCCGUGCCCCUGCCCUGACCACUCACCCUGCACCGAGAUGCCCGGCAGCGGGGAGGUGGUCUGCACCCACUGCCCCCCGGGGCAGAGAGGAAAACGCUGUGAGCUCUGCGACGAUGGGUUUUUCGGGGACCCCCUGGGGCAGAGGGGCCCCGUGCAUCCCUGCAUCCCCUGCCAGUGUCAUGGGAACGUGGAUCUCAAUGCUGUGGGGAACUGCGACCCCAUGUCCGGCCGGUGCCUGCGCUGCGUGUACAACACGACGGGCGAGCACUGCGAGAGGUGUCGGCCGGGCUUCUAUGGGGACGCACUAGCUCCCGACCUCGCUGGGAAGUGUGCACCUUGUAAUUGCAACCCCGACGGCUCAGCCCCAGGGCUGGAGGGCUGCGAUCCCAGCACGGGCCAAUGCCACUGCCUCCCGCACGUGACGGGCAGAGCCUGCGGGCUCUGCCAGCCCGGCUACUAUGGCCUGCAGCCUGCCGUGGGGUGCAAGAGCUGCGAGUGCCACUCGAUGGGGUCACAGGAGAGCGGGUGCCACGCGCUGACGGGGCAGUGCUCCUGCCAGCCGGGCGUCACGGGGAAACAAUGUGACCGAUGCCACCACGGCUUCUUCGGCUUCUCAGCCAGGGGCUGCCGAGCCUGCAACUGCUCCCCGCUGGGCUCCGUCACCCCGCAGUGCCAUGAGAACAGCACCUGCAUCUGCCGCCCCGGCUUCGUGGGCUACAAGUGCGACCGGUGCCAGGCCAACUUCUUCCCCGACCUGCUGAGCUCCCGCUGCCAGCAGUGUCCUGCCUGCUACGGGCUGGUGAAGGAUGAGACCGACCGGCUGAAAGCCAGGCUGCAGGAGAUGGAGGAAUGGUUGCAAAAACCAGGCUGCGAUGCCCGCCCAGACCAGUCCCCCAUGCUGGGAGAUGUGCCCCGGGGAGAUGGGCUGCCCAGCCUUCACCUCCUGCAAGGUGCCCGGGCCACCCUCUUGGUGCAGGUGGGGCGGCUGGCAGGGGCGCUGGGCACCGCGCAGGACAGUCUCAGCAACGCCAGCCAGGCCACCGGCUGCUCCAGCCAUGGACCCCCCAAGACCUGCGUCCUGCUGUCGGAGAUCAGGGCUGUGCUGCAGUCAGCGCAGCGGGAGAUCCUGCACGCUGCGGACACCCUGGCUAGCACGGAGAUUCCCCAGGAAAUCCCUCAGCAGCCCACGAACUGGAGCCGCUGGGUGCUGGUGGCACGAGUGCUGGCUGAGAGCCAUGAGGACGCUGCAACGCAGGUGGAAGUGGCGGUCAGGAGAGCGCUGCGUGCCUCCAAUGCUAGCUAUGAGCUCCUGUGGAGCCUGCCGGAAGGGAAUGCGACACGGGAGGUGCAGCACAAGCUGGAGGCCGGGUACGAAGAAAUCCAGCGGGCACGGGAGGAGCUGGGCGCUGGCGUGGCAGAGGUGGCAGUGGAGGCCAGGAGAGCUUUCGCAGCUGUGCAGCAGGCAAAUGCAGACAUGGCCGAGAAACUUCAGCAGGUGGCUGCACUGGCGCAGCAGGCGCUGCCGGCACAGGCUGGAGCCCUGGCACAGGACCUGGCAGCACUGGAGCAGGCAGUGGAAGCGCAGGAGCCGUUGGCUCAACAGGCCGUCGAAGCAUCCCGCGCUCUGGCAGCUGGAUUGCACCAGGAGCUGCAGAGGACUCGUGGCUUUGAGCAGCUGAAGGACCGGGCUGGCUCUGCCCAUGGCAUGGCCACCUCGGCCAUCUCACAUGGAAAAGCUGUGCUCUCCAACGCAGAGUCCCUCCUGGCUAGCUUGGAAGGCAUGAGGAAGGUGCUGGGGCAUCGGGAGGGCGAGGCUGCCCUGAGCAGGAGGUUGGCACUUGUGCGGGACAGGCCGAUGGUAGAGGCCCAGAGGAAGAUUAAACAGGCAAAGAAGACGCUGGGAAACUCCUUGUCCGUCUCCACCGCAGCCCAGAGGACAGCUGGGGAGGCUGAGCAAGUCUCUGGGGAGAGUGCCAAGAGGGCACAGGCUGUGCUGCAGGAGAGCAAGCAAGCCCGCAAGCACGCCAGCCAGCUCGCCACGCGUGCCAACGAGACCCAGCGGGAGCUCUCCCGGCAGGAGCAUGUGGCUGAGAAGCUCAGGGGGGACCUGGAAGAAGCACACCAGGUGGGGACAGAGGUGAAUGAGAUGGCAAAAAGUCUCCAAGAAGCCCGGGGCUCGCUCAUCUCGGACAUCGAGACCCUGAACGACCUGCUGAGCAGCCUAGGCAACCUGGAGCAGGCCACGCAGGUGGAGGCGGUGCUGAGCGCAGGGCGGCUGCAGCUGGAGCGGCUGUGGCUGCGCCUGGCUGCGUCGGGUGCCCUGGCCAGCCAGCUCAGCCUGCUGCGGCAGGAGGCGGCGCGGCAGCGGGAGAAGAUCCAGGCGUUCGAGAGCAACUUGGCCGAGAUCCGGGCCGACAAGCAGAACCUGGAGGACAUUUUGCGGAGCCUCCCCAAGAGCUGCUCCAAGUGGCAGUGA